UCCGGAUCUAUGAUUUAAUCGAGCUAUUUAAACCAAUGUUUCCACUUUCCUUGACAAAACUCUUUAACAAUUCUUAAACUCAGCAAAAUCUCUAUCCACAAUGAAUAUCUUCAAAUCUAUGACCACUUCCUUGACUGAAUCCUUGGGCCAACAUGACAUCGAGCGCGACGUGUUAAAGGCCCCCGGAUUCAAGUCCCAGGGGAUUUUGACCGUGGAAUACACCUCUGAGGGCAAAUCCCAACCGGUAGCCUUGGGGAACGUCUUACCUGUAGGUGAUGUCCAGUACAAGCCCCAGGUUUCCUUCACGUUACACCCAGAAUCCGGUGCGGAGAUCAAGCCUGGCGACCAGUUCGCGUUAAUCUUGACUGACCCUGACGCCCCAUCCAGAACCGAAAAGAAGUGGUCCGAGUACUGCCACUGGAUUGUCUCUGGUUUGACAUUGACCCCGACCUCGAAUGCCAAGAUUGAGUCCAAAGAAGCGCCCGUGGAGUCAAUCUCCACCCUCUUGGAUCUUUCCAAGGGGAGUAACUUGAUCAGUUACAUGGGGCCAGCCCCACCACCUGGGACCGGGAAGCAUAGAUAUGUUUUCUUGUUUUUAAAGGUGAACCAGGGUGUCACCUUGGAGGCACCAAAGGACAGGCCAAACUGGGGUACCGGUGUACCUGCCAGCGGGUUCCACGAAUGGUUUGCCGGUAAGGGUGAGAUCUGGGGCGUCAACUUCUUUAACGCUGAAAACACUAAGAAAGAGUAAUAUCCCAAUUAGUCUUUGGCUGCCUUUUUAAUACGUCCUCACACGUAAUAUAUGCUUCUAUUUAAGUUUUGUGCAGCUUUUAGCUCAGCAGGUACCGAUAGCAUGGCGAGGAAAGUGAAUGCCUCGACGAAAACUCUACUGAUACUUUAGUAAACCUUUCGUUUAGCCAUGAGCUAGCAGGAGUAACCGCGCCUUACCCUACCUUCCCGAAGUGCCACGCGUCUG